AUGUCCAGCACAACUGCCCCGACGAUCCCGUCGCUGAAGCAAGCCUUCCUCACAACCCAAACCACGCUCCUCGCGCAGCCUUUGACGCCAUCUCGCUCUUGGCAAGCGGCCAACGACGCGUCGGAUGAGCCUCUGCCAGAACGCGCCGUCGACGAUGCCCUCUUCGCCCUCAACCACACCAUCCAGCAGCACUGUCGCCGUGUGUACGCGCCUCAGGCCACCCGCAAUUAUGCUGAGCAAAUCAACAAAAUCUACACCGAGGAUGCCGAGCGCAGAUUAGGGCCAGCCUUCAAUGACCCUGGUGAGGGAGCGCUCGGAAAAGAGAUGGAUCUCACCGACCAUGACACAAUCGAGGCUCUCCCGGAAACUUGGAUAUCGGAAAAGGACAUCAAUGGCUACCCCAUGGAAGCCAAGCUCUACGCCGACGCCGUCCGCCGACUAUCAGAACUCAACGAGCAGCGCAACCAACUUAAAGACCAGGUAGCUAGGCUGAACCGCCUCAAGUCCAUCGUCCAGCCGCUGCAAACCGGAGAAAGUGGCGCCGGAGUUCAGGAGAACCUCCUCACCCGGGAUGGCCCGGUAGAGAAAGAGCUCGAGCGGAUGCGCUUCUUACUUGCCAGAGUUGGUGGACGUGUCAACACGCUACCCGACGGUGGUGGAUCGGGUGCAACGUCCCAAGCGAUCCCCGUAACAUCUUCGGACAGCCUUAGUCUAGCCCGCAAGAGGCGGAUUGACCAGUUCCUUGCAGACGAAAAGGUCUUUCCAGCCUGA